AUGGUGACCGGCAAUAGCAGUUUCAAUGAAACUUGCAUGACUCCAACGACUGGAUAUGUUCCGGAUCUCUUCGCAUCAGCUCUGAAGUUUUUCAGUGCGGCACAGUGUCUUAUCACCGAGGACUGGCCGAGAGAUGCAAAAGUCAGACGUUAUGAAACAUUCGAUUUCAUAGUGGUGGGAGCGGGUAGCGCCGGCUGUGUAUUAGCUAAUAGGCUAAGUGAAGUGAAAUCCUGGAAUAUACUACUCAUAGAAGCAGGUGGCGAUCCGCCUAGUGAAAGUAUUAUACCAGCAUUAAAUGCUUUAAUUUAUAAAACAAAAUAUGCCUGGCAAUACGAAACCACUUACAACGGUCUCACGAACGAGGGAACGAAAAAUAAAAUAGUAUUUUGGCCCCGAGGUAAAAUGCUCGGAGGCUCCAGCAGCAUCAAUGGCAUGAUAUACAUCAGAGGAAACCCAUACGAUUAUCAGAGAUGGUAUAAUGCUGGAAACAAGGAAUGGCAUCCGGAUACUGUGAAAAAGUACUUCAAAAAACUUGAAAACUUGCAAAACUAUGAUUUAUUAAAAGAUCCCUUUGUAAGUGAAUCAUAUGGACAUUGUGGACCUCUAUCAAUAAAUCGUUUCAAUAGUACUUAUCGAAACCUUACACUUCAAGUUUUAAAAUCAUGGCAAGAGCUAAAUAUUAGCAACGUUCCUGACCUGAACGCUGCAAAUGUAUUAGGAUCAGGUAUCUUUAGUGGAACUCAUUCAGAUGGCAGAAGAGCUAGUGCAGCGAAGGCCUAUUUAAACUCAGUUCGAAAUAGACAGAAUUUAAAAGUGUAUAAAAAUGCAUUAGUCACUGAAAUUUUACUUGAUUCUACGAAUAGAGCAUAUGGGGUAAAAUUAGAACGCAAUGGUAAAACGAAAAUAGUUUUUGCCAAGCUUGAAGUGGUCGUGAGCGCUGGAACAAUAAACACUCCACAAUUAUUAAUGUUGUCUGGUAUAGGUGAAACAGAACAUUUGAAAUUAUUAAAUAUACACCCAAAAGUACAUUUACCAAUGGUUGGGCAGAAUCUGCAAGAUCAUUCUUGUGUUCCUAUAUUUGUUUAUGGAAACGAACCUGGUGAAGAUGAUGCAAUUAAACAGAAAUUUGAACAAAUUUUGUAUUUAUAUAAUCGUACAGGAUACUUAGCUCAAACUAGAAUAUCUGAUGUACUGGCCUUUUAUGCGUUUGACAAGAAUGCAAUAUACCCAGAUUUUCAAAACCAUUUAGGUAUAAUAACGAAGAAUUCACCUAAUAUUCAAGGAAAUGCCAUGGUUUCCGAUUAUAGAGAUGAAAUAGUGAAAGACCUAGAAUAUUUCAACAGCAAUUACUCAAUCUAUAACUUCCGGUUUAGCUUAUUGCAUCCAUAUUCAAGAGGAAAUGUAACCCUUCGAUCGAAAAAUCCCAAGGAACACCCGAUUAUCAUGGCAAAUUAUUUCCAAGAUCCAAGAGAUCUAGAUUUAGCGAUCAAAGGUAUAAAAAUAAUUACCAAAAUAGUGGAUACAACUUACUUCAAAUCUAUUAAUGGUUUUUUAGGUCGGGUAAACUGGCCAUCUUGUAACAAAUUCGCUUUAGACAGUGACGAAUACUGGAGAUGCAUUUGUUUGAUUUUAGUAACCACAAUAUACCAUCCUGUAGGAACAUCUAAAAUGGGCUUAGACCCAAAAACAAGCGUCGUCGACAGUCGUCUGAAAGUACAUUUUACCAACGGACUUCGUGUUAUAGAUGCAAGUAUAAUGCCAACAAUAGUAAGUGGAAAUACUAAUGGACCUACAUACAUGAUUGCUGAACAUGGCGCUGACAUGAUAAAAGAGGAUCAUGGCAUACCAAUUGAUCAUAGUUAUUGUUAA